AUGUCGCGGUUUUUGAAAAAUUUCAAAGAUGUGUUCAUUCCUGUUGCACCUCUUGUUUUGCCAACAGGUGAAGUGGAAAUUGUUCCCAGAAACAGCCAUAUGGCCUCGAUCCCUUCAAACCAGGCCGACAACAAGAAUCUGAAGACCCUCGAGGAUAUCGAUAUGGAGACCUCUUCUGGAAUCUCUGAAAAUAUUUUCGACAUCGGAAACACCCACAGAAAACUUCUCAAUCGCCAUAUCCAGCUGAUUGGUAUUGGAGGAACCAUUGGUGUUGCGCUUUUCGUUGCUAUUGGUACUGCUCUCUCUCAUGGUGGCCCUCUGAAUUUGUUCCUAGGGUUCACCUUCUGGAGUAUUCCCAUCUUGAUGGUCACAGCAACUUGUGCCGAGAUGGUGUGUUAUCUGCCAAUUUCUUCGCCUUUUAUUCGUUUGGCUGGAAGAUGUGUUGAUGAAGCCUUGGAGACUACUGCAGGGUGGAACUUCUGGUUUCUGGAGGGAUCUCUGAUUCCGUUCGAACUCACUCUGUUCAACACUCUGAUUCAUUAUUGGAGAGAUGAUUACUCUGCUGCCAUUCCAAUUGCAGUCCAGGUUGUUCUGUAUUUUUUGAUCAACGUUUUUGCCGUGAAAUUGUACGGAGAGUCGGAGUUCUGGCUUGCGAUAGGAAAGGUCAUUUUGGCAGUGGGGCUGAUCUGCUUCACAUUCAUCACCAUGGUGGGUGGAAACCCCCAGCACGACCCUUACGGCUUCAGAUACUGGAGAGACCCCGGUGUGAUGAACGAGUACAUUCACACCGGUUCUCUGGGCAGAUUUCAGGGUUUUUUGGCGUGCGUGAUCUCUGCGUGUUUCACAAUUGCCGGUCCAGAGUACGUCUCCAUGGUCGCUGGUGAAGCUGUGAAUCCCAGAAAGAACUUGCCAAAUGCCUACAAACAGGUGGCUUAUAGACUGACACUCUUUUUCGUCGGAGGUGCCCUCUGUGUGGGUAUAGUUUGUGCCUAUAACGAUCCUCUUUUGUUGGACGCCAUCAGCAACUCCAAGCCAGGCGCAGGUUCUUCGCCAUACGUUAUUGCCAUGACCAACAUGCACAUAAAGGUGUUGCCCCAUAUCGUGAACGUGAUGCUGAUAACUUCCUCGUUUUCAGCAGGUAACUCGUACACUUAUUGUUCUUCCAGAACAUUGUAUGCUCUGGCUCUCAACGGAAAGGCUCCCUUCUUCUUUGCUUACUGCAACAAAAAUGGUGUUCCAAUCUAUGCAGUGUUGGCCUCAUUAUGUUGGGCCAUGUUGGCUUUUUUGCAAUUGGGUGAAACCGCCAGAACCGUGCUUAAUUGGAUUGUGAAUCUGGUAACCGCAGCGCAGUUGAUGAACUUUUUGAUCAUCUGUGUUACUUACUGGCAUUUCUUCAGAGCAUGUAAAGUGCAGGGAAUUGACAGAAACUCGUUCACCUUUAAGGGAUGGGGACAACCUUACUUGUCGAUAGUUGCUGGUACUCUUGUCUUCAUCAUGCUGUGGGUCCAGGGCUACACUGUGUUCAUUCCAGGAGGAUGGUCGGUGACAUCGUUUCUCUUCUCAUACCUCAUGAUCUUCAUUGAUAUUGCCAUCUUCCUCUUUUGGAAGGUGUACAAGAGAACGAAGUACCGCAUCCCAGCCGAGGUGGACCUAGUGUCUGGCCUGUCUGAGAUCGAGGAGCACGAGAGGAUUUAUUACGCGCAUCUGGAGAAGCAUGGUGACGACCCAGUGAAGUGGUACGAUAGGGUUUCUGCUAUUUUGUUUGGAAAGUAA